AUACAGCUGAAUCGUUUUAUAGUGCCGGUAAUUAAACACUAUAAUAGUUUUACAAAAUGAAAUCAUUCACUUUUGAAUUUAUUGUUAACGUUAAACAUUUUGGAGCAAACUCCUACCGGUAUCUAAUAUAGGUAAAUAUACUUUUAUUAAUUCUUUUUUGUAUUUUAAAUUAACCAGUUCUUUGUUACUCAAUUUGUUAUCAUAUGACAAACUGUAAUUAAUCUGUAAUUUUGUGUAUUCAAAGAAAAUAUUUUCCAAUCAUUUCUAAAUUGAACAGCAUUUCUAAUUCAUAGCAUAUCGGGGUUAUAUUUGUUACCAUGUUCAAUUCAAAUGCAAAUAAUGACAGUGAGAGUAUUGAUUAUGAGUUUUUCGAAAGCGAAGGAAGUCACGUAAAAAUGUAUGGGGAGUUGAAGCAGAAUGAUUGUUCUAAAAUAGUAACAAAGGCAAUCAUAGAGACAAAUCCUUCAAAGUUAGAUGAAUUUGGAGGUAGCCUUCAGAACUCAAAACGUUAUUUUAAGAGAAAAUCAAUUUAUAAUGAAGAAGGUGAUCAGUGCAAGAUUUAUAAUAAUCAAUUUUCAUACAGUCCUUCAUCUUCAGUGGAGAAAACCUUCAUAGAUGGAUGUUUAGAUGAAUCAUUAUUGAACUGUUUAGCCUAUAAUGAAGACAAUUAUGAAAAUCAAGAUUCAUUUUCUUGCUUAUCAGAUGACAAAGAAUGCUCAAACAAUUCAUUAAGUGAUAGUACAAUUACCUCAGUAACUUCAGAUUUUACUAGUGUCUCCCUGUUUUCAUGUUUAUCAGACUCAAGUUGUAUAACUGAUGGGUCGUUGGAUUCCUCUACACCACAAAAUGAUACUGAAAAUUAUUGCACUGAAAAUGUUAGUACAAGUAAUUAUCAUGAACAUCAAGAUAAUGGUAUAAAGAAUGUUAGCAAUGAAAGUUUAAAGGAAAACGAUCAGUUACAUUUUGAAAAAUGCAUUGAGGUUAAAGAAAAUCAUAGUCUGAAAGAUGAAUAUGUAAAUGAGGAAAAAUUUGAAGAUGGAUUAGAAAAUCAUUAUAAUGAGAAUUGUGAACAGAUUAGAGAUGAUGAUAAUUUUGAGUCCGAGCAAGUCCAAAGGAGUCCAAUAAGUGACAGUGAUGAAGAAAGUGAUGAAAACGAUAACGAUAACUGUGUUGAAGAAAAUAAUGAAAGCGAUAAUGAAAACUGGGUUGAGAAACCAAUUUCUGUUGAUAAUGACAGUUGUGAAAAUUCAAAUAACUCAAUUUGUUAUGAAUCUGAUUAUGAAACUGAAAGCAUAAAAGAAAAUGAAAAUACAUCGGAAAAAAAUUCUAACAUUUCUGUAUUGGAGGAAGAAUUGGAGGAUAUUUCACUGACAACUCAGCUUAGUUCAAAGUCUCUUUCAUUAAGAUCUCCACUGUGUCGAAGUUUAAACAAAAUUCGAGCUAGGAGGAAAGAAUGCAACCUGUCAUUUAGUCGAGAGGAAUUAAUUAAAAUUGAAAGAGACAAUUUAACUUUACUAAAAAAAAUUAUGGCUCAUGCAAAACCGAGAACUGUUAGUCUCAACCAGCCAUUUAGUCAUAAGAAGACAAGUGCUGCUAUAAAUAGAGCAAAACAACAAAAGAAAAUUGAUCAAGAUAAUUAUAUUCUCUACAGCAAAAUCAGUGCAAUGGGAAGAAUGAAAAAGGUGUUCUGAGGUACCAUACUGAAAUAACCUAUCCCUGUUAUUUCUGGAGUGAUAUAAUUGUGUGGUUUACAACUGAAGAUUAUAAAAUUUUCUUCUCUGGAUAAUUUUUGACGGCUUGAUUACAAAUUUAUGACCAAUUGACGUGUUCACUGUUGUGUUUUGUUGUAGAAAGCAGUUAAUUUUAUUAAAAUUUAUAGUGUUUGUUGAUAAAAUACAUAUAUUUUAAUUAUAA